GAGAGCAGAUCGACCCAAAAUCAUUGACAAUAUUUCAAAGAAUUGCCUAUCAAUGCUUACAUCAUGAAAGAGAAAAACGUCCGACAACAAAAAAAGUUCUAGUAGAACUUAAGAAGGCAUUGGAAUUUCAAAACAUGGCAUCAACAAUGACCAAGUUAAAUCACUUACAUAUCACAUUGGAAGACAUCAUAACUGCCACCAACAGCUUUCAUAAUGAUAACAUUAUCGGACAUCAUGGAUUUGGUACAACAUAUACAGGACAACUCUCACGAUCUGGAACGUUGUUGAAGAUUGCUGCACGGAGGUUUGAUUAUAAACAUGGGGAAGGAGACCUCAAAUUCUUGAAGGAAGUUUCUAUGCUUUCUGAUCUCAAGCAUACAAAUCUAGUCUCUGUUAUUGGAUUUUCUGAUAGUCAUCAUAACCAAGUAUGAAGGCAAUGGAAGUCUUGGGCAGUAUUUAAACAUCUCGAACCUCACAUGGACGCAAAGAUUGAGGAUAUGUCUAGGUGUGGCUCGUGCUUUGAGUUACCUCCAUUAUGAUGAGGUACGCGAUUAUACUAUUAUACAUGGUAACGUCAAUAGCGAUGCAAUUUUAUUGGACGAGAACUGGGAAGCCAAGUUAUCUAGUUUUGAAUUUUCCAUCAAACAUCUAGUAUGCUAUAAGGACCAUGUCUGGCUUUGUGAACAUACUAGCACAAUGGGGUACAUGGACCCAGCAAUUGAAAAGACAGGAGGUGUGACCCACGAGUCAGACGUCUACUCAUUUGGCGUCGUCUUAUUCGAAACAUUAUGCGGGAGAAAAGCUUAUGUUGAAAGCGAGGCUGAUAGGUUUCUAACUCCGUUGGCCAAAUAUCAUUAUGAAAACAAAACAAUGCAUGAUAUAAUCCAACCUGAUCUAGUUAUUGACCCACAAUCACUCAUCAAAUACUCAGCUGUAGCAUAUUCUUGCUUAAAUGAAGAUCGAGCAUGCCGCCCAGGUAUGAACCAUAUUGUCGGUGAACUUGAGAAAGCGCUGGAGCUUCAUCUGCCAAAUGAAAAUAUGGGAAUAAAUUUGGAAUAUUUGAAGAACUUGAAGAUUCGUCUCACUGAUAUUAUAUUCGCCACUGAUAAUUUUUCAAAGAAAUACAUAAUAUCAAGUAGUCCCUGCUAUACUUGUUACACAGCAAAACUCAAGAACUUUGAGAGCCAAAAUCAUUCAUCUGUGGUUAUAAAGCGCUUCGUUUCUGGACAAGAUUUCGAACAUGGAGAACAUUUUGUUAAAGAAAUUGAACUUCUUACCCGUGUUAAGCAUCCCAACAUAGUCACUCUACUUGGAUUUUGUAUUGAUGCUUCUGAGAGGAUCCUCGUCCUUGAAAAUUUUGAUAAUUUUUUUCUUGAUUAUCAUUUAAUAGACACCAAGAAGCCGUUUGUUUUGACAUGGGGACAACGUUUGAAAAUCUGCAUUGAUAUUGCACACGCUUUGAACUAUCUUCACUCUCAGAUGAUAAUACAUCGUGAUAUAUGUAGCCUUAACAUUGAGUUGGACCAGAAUUGGGGGGCAAAGAUUUCCAAUUUUGAUAACUUCAUAUACCUACCUCCAAAUCAAGAAGAUGAAGCUCUCUAUCUCAAUAAAAUAGCCGGCAGAGUUUACUACGUAGAUCCAGAGUAUGACAAGACUGGUAAGUUAAAAAGAGAAUCAGAUGUUUUUAGCUUUGGAGUAGUGCUGUUUGAGAUUCUUUGUGGGAGGGUUGCCAAUGACUCAAUUUAUGAGACGGGGAGUGCCAAAGGGCUGGUUGUUGCUGCAAGACGAAGCUUCUGCGCGGGAACAUUAGAAGAGAUGAUAGACCCAAUACUGAAAAGAGAAAAUGGCGAAAAUAAUUUUGUUCAAGAUAGAGGACCCAACAUGGAUUCUUUGCGCACAUUUAUUGAAAUUGCAUAUAAAUGUGUGGCGGAAACUCAAGACCAACGUCCAACCAUGAAAGUUGUUGUCAAGGAGCUUAAGAAAGCAUUAUUCUUUCAAGAAACUAGUUGAUAACGGUUGAAGAAACAUACUUAGGGUGGACCAGAAACACACCUAAACUUUUAUUUAUGUUUUGUUUCAUGUUGUUACGCUUAUUUGCAAAAUGCCGUAUCUUUAUUUCCAAAACAAUGUACUUUCUCUUUAGUAUGAAUCAAAUUUGAAUUAUUUAAA